CUUCUUUUGUGUGUAUCCUUGACCCUAAUUGACACAAGUAACCAUAAAGCCCAGACCUUCUCCGUCCUUUCCAUGGAGACGAAGAAGCCGGAGCGCCACUGCCACGACCACGUCCACGACGAGGAAGAAUCCCAGGAGGGGGAAGACGCCCCCGCCAUGGAGCAUGGCGCUCUCUCGCUGCAUCGUGGAGCCACCUUGUUUGGUCAGCGGCACCACGAGGAGGCCGCCGCCGGCCGCCGGGGCGAGAUCAGGGAGGUGGACUUCUUCUCGCGGGACUCCGGCGCCCGGCAGCAGGACGAUGGCGGCGGCGGGCGCAGGGUGACCGGAGGCGGCCGGGACGACCUCAACAUCGGGCUAGACCUGCUGACCACGGCCACCGCCGCCACGGCGAGCGCCGGGGAGGAAGUGACGGCGGCGAAGAAUCAUAAGAUGGAGGCGUCAGCGGUGGAAGCGGAGCUCAGGCGGGUGGUGGACGAGAACCGGCGGCUGCGGGGCAUGCUGGAGGAGCUCACCCGGAGCUAUGGCACGCUGUACCAGCAGCUUCUCCAGGUCACGCAGCACCACCCACAUCAGCAUCAGCAUCCUGAUCUCAUGAACAACCGAUCGUCACUACCUCAUACCCACCUGAACACCAUGGGCGCGCCCAACACGUCGACCCGGCAGCUGCUGGAGGCGCGGGCUUCCUCCACGGCGCAGACGCAGCCGGACGCCGGAGUGGAGGAUGAGGCCAGCGACGGAGCCGGCGAGGCCUCACCUUCGCUGAGCAAUAAUGCUGGAAACAACGACUCCGACGGCAAGAGGAAGUUGUCUCAGGAUGGGACAGCGCCGUCGAGGGAGAAUGGCGAGCAGGCCUCGUCAGCAGAGCUGCCGGGCCGGAAGGCGAGGGUGUCUGUUCGCGCACGAUCUGAGGCACCAAUGAUCAGCGAUGGGUGUCAGUGGAGGAAGUACGGGCAGAAGAUGGCCAAGGGUAAUCCAUGUCCGAGAGCAUACUACCGGUGCACAAUGGCUGUGGCAUGCCCCGUGAGGAAGCAGGUGCAACGGUGCGCCGAGGACAAGACCAUCCUGGUAACGACGUACGAGGGCCACCACAACCACCCGCUGCCGCCGGCGGCGACCACCAUGGCGAACACGACGUCCGCGGCGGCCUCCAUGCUGCUCUCCGGCCCGGCCACCAGCCGCGACGGCGCGGCCGCGCUCCUGGGCCACCCGGCGGCGCUGUUCCACCACCACGCCAGCAUCCCCUACGCGUCCACCAUGGCCACGCUCUCCGCCUCCGCGCCGUUCCCCACCAUCACCCUCGACCUCACCCAGGCUCCCGGGAGCGGCGGCGGCGUCGGCGGCCUGCUGGGUCACGGCCUGCAACGCCCGCCGGUCGGGAUGAUCCACCCCGCGGCGGCCCCGGCGAUGCCGUUCCCGGUGCCGUCGCCGCUGGCGAUGUUCCUCCCGCAGAGGGCGCCGCCCACGGCGGCGGCGGUGCCGGCCGGGCUCGUCGCGCGGCAGCCGCAGCAGCAGCAGUCUGUGAUGGAGACCGUGACCGCGGCGAUCGCGGCUGAUCCCAACUUCACCACGGCGCUGGCGGCGGCCAUCUCGUCGGUCAUGGCUGGAGCCGGAGGAGCGCAUCAUCAGGCUCAGCCUACUCCCCGUGGAAGCAAUAAUACCGGCAUCGCCGGGGAGGCCGACGGCAGUGCCGCCGGUGCCGCCCCAGCAGCUCCGACGACAACGGCAGCCGGAGCACAUGCAGCGUCCGGCGGGUCGCCUCGGUUCGCGACGCAGUCCUGCACAACGUCGACGACUUGAGGAAAUUCCAUGAGAGUGCGGGGAGUCUGACCGACGGAGAGAUCAUCGCGAGCUGCACUAGGAGUAUUUGUAUGAUUGAGUGUAUUUAUGCACACACGCACAUGAGAUAUAUACGAUACUUGUUUACUAUGUACAGAUGAAAAUUUGGAAUAUACAGUACUUUUAGAUGAAA